AAAAAAAUUUUUCUUUCGCCCGUUUCUCCUCUGAAAGAGCUCAGAGGAGAGGCUGGAGACUUAUCGGAGGGAAAUUAUCUAUUUCGGGGUAUGGCAGAGGAAUCUUUUAUAGAAGACCCUUUGGAGAAAGAUCUCCAAGAGGUUUCUGUGAAUGAACCAAAUGUAGGGAACGGAGUUACUGAUGCCAGUCCUAAUGCUGAAUCCGUGCUUGAAUCCCACUGUGACCAAAAUGAGGGCAAAAGUGCUCCUGAUAUCGACAAUGAGACUCCUCGGGUUGGGAUGGUGUUCAAAACCUUUGAGGAGGUUUAUGGCUUUUACAAUCAGUAUGCUCGGAAAACUGGAUUUGGUACGAAGAUAAGAAGGUCAUGGUAUAGCCUUGACGACGGUCAAUGCAACAAAUUCAUGGCUCACAUGUUGUAAAGAGGGGAGUAGGAAGUAUAGAACUCAGAAAGAUGUAGUUCUUAUCGGUUGAAGCUUUCAGCUCGAACCGAUUGCCAGGCAAGGAUUAAAGUUAUAAAGAGAUAUGCUGAUGGCUUGUUUCAUUUGACAGAGGUUAUUCUUGAGCAUAAUCAUCCGGUGAAUCCUUCAAUGUCGCAGUUCUUUCGGUCACAUAGAGGUGUAAACGAAGGUGGGAAGAAGCUUCCUGUGAUGAGAGGAAAGGGGCAGAGAGAAUUAGCUUCGGUUGAGAAUGAAGGGGAGAGUUCUGUUGUGAAGGGAACACGUUUGUUUUUAGGGAGAGAUGAUGUACAAGCUCUUCAUCAUUUUUUUGGCCGAAUGCAGUCUACAAACACAAACUUCUUUUAUUUGAUGGAUUUAGAUGAGGAUGGUCGGUUAAAGAAUGUAUUUUGGGCUGAUGGAAGGUGUAAGACCGAGUAUCAGUACUUUAGCGAUGUUGUUACUCUUGACACGAACUAUUUGACGAAUAAUUAUGAGACACCUCUUGUUUCUUUCGUCGGAGCAAAUCACCAUGGUCACUCUAUCUUAUUUGGUAGUGGGUUGCUUUCAGAUAGAAGUGUUGAAACCUAUAGAUGGUUGUUUAAAUCUUGGCUAUCUUGCAUGUCAGCAAAUCCUCCAAAUGCCAUUAUCACUGAUCAUUGUAAGGCCAUUCAAGAAGCAGUUGCAGAGGUAUUUCCUGGUGCUCGUCAUCGUAUGUGUGUAUGGAAUAUUAUGAAAAGGGUCCGAGAAAAUUUGGCAGGAUAUGCUGAAUAUAAAGCUAUUAAAGAAAUCAUGAAGGGGGCAGUCCAUGAUUCUGUUAGAAUUGAAGAGUUUGAAGAAGACUGGAGAAAUAUGAUUAAAACAUAUGGGCUUGAGGAUAAUGAAUGGCUCAACUCACUGUAUGAAAAUCGACAUUAUUGGGUUCCUGUAUUUGUGAGGGGAGCAUUUUGGGCUGGGAUGUCUAAUACUCAGAAUAAGGAGAACACAACUUCAUUUUUUGAUGGACAUAUUUAUCCCAAAACUUCAUUGAAGCAGUUUGUUUGCAAGUAUGAGACAAUUUUACAAAGUAAGUAUGAGAAGGAAGUCCAAGCCAACCUUGAUUCUUUUAAUAAAAGCCCUCAGUUGAUAUCUAAAUUUUAUAUGGAAGAUCAACUGCGUAAGAUUUACACAGUUGAUAUGUUUAAAAAAUUCCAGGAAGAAAUAAAGGCCAUUUUAUAUUGCAUUCCCUCUCUGGUUAGGGUUGAUGGUCCAGUCUCAACCUUUGAAGUCAAAGAACCCUUGAGGAUGAAAGAUGGCAACCAAAUGGAAACAAAGGAUUAUGAAGUUACUUACAAUUCAAAUGAACAGGAUGUGCGAUGCAUUUGCUGUUAUUUUCAAUCCAUAGGUAUAUUAUGUAGACAUACUCUAUCAGUGCUCAACUUUCUUGAGGUUUAUGAAAUUCCACCACAGUUUAUUGUUGACCGCUGGAGGAAGGACAAUAAACAUAGGCAUGGUAUGAAUUAUUCUUCUAAUGAUGUAAUAGCGAAUGGGCCGAUGGAGCGUUAUGACAAUUUGUACAGGCGUUGCCUUAGAUUUGUUGAGCUCGGGGUUAUUUCUGGCGAACGGUAUGAAUAUGCACUGAAAUUGAUUGGUGAGGUGACAGAGGAACUUAUUUCAAGUGAUUGUACAAUCAGUGACAUGCUACCAAGGAACCCUAGUACUAUUAGUGGAAGAAAUAUGGGAAAUGAAGAUGAGGGAAUUCCUGAUAUUAUUCAAGUAAGGCGUAAAAGUCAGCCACCAAAAAAGAGAAAAGAACCUUUAGCAGAAAAAAUAGUUAAGGGUGGCAGGAAGAAGGCUUCUCAAAGAAAUUCAAUGGUUGCUGAUCAAAAUGACGCGCCUCGUAUAACGCCAGAUACUCCUCAAUUUGACCCUCAUAUCUGGGCACAAGAAAACAUCAACCUAACAGAACAAGUUAGCCCAACAAACUUGUCAAUCGGUAGCCACUUUGGAGUACAAAUCCACCACCCACAUGGACUUGACAAUCAAUCUGGAAUCCGCUGGAGCUUCCAACAAAUGUUUCAAGUCGAUGCGCAUAAUUUUCAGCAAGGUCAUACACCUGAGGCACCUCCUGGUCCGUGGGCUGGAUAGAAGAGGGGGAUCUAAUUGGAAAAUAACUUGGAAAAAGCAUACGAGAGCUUAAUGAUGCGAUAUUUUUCAGCACAUGCAGGAACUGACAACUGAAUGUUCUUUCUGCAAGCAAGGAGCGGAGACCUGGCAACUCCUACAAUCAACGCUGCGAAAAACUAUAGCAGUUUUCUUGUUUUGCUACCACAUUUGUGCUUCAUUUCCGAUAGCAGCCAGCAGGGGAUUGGUUAAAGGGCUGCUGUAAAUAUUUGUGAUGCCGAAGUGCAUAAUUUUCUGAGAACUUUUGAAAGUUACAGUGAUCUCAGGGAUUGGUUUAGCUGUUGUCUGAUUAGUUUUCAGAUGAAUUCUUUCACAGGGUACUAUCUGAUCUUGCUCCUGUAUAUUGAAUUGUGAAUGCAAUAACAUUUAGCUUACAGUGAAAUAGAGAACUUUUUCUCGAGUGUUA